AUGGUUGGCGACCCUCGUUUGGAGAAACAGAACCAUCUUUGGGCGGAGGCUUGCAAUCUCCUCAGCCGAGAUGAGCAAGCUUGUGUUGCAAAAUAUUAUGCAGAGGACGGAAUCAAAACAGUGAAUGACACGCUGGUGUUGGUCGCCGAGAAGCAGGAUUUAUGCAUGCGCAAGCGCUGGACCAUCAAAAACUUCCGAGGCCAAAAGAUCAUUGUCCGCGACAUUCUUCACAAGAUUGCUCACUGGAUCAACAAGUUCAAGGAAGUGGGCGAUGUUGUUAUCCAGAUUGACCAAACCCAUGCUGCCGUUCCGUGGGCAGCGAUCCGUUUCACACUUCAGUGGUCAAUCAAUGACCUUCAAACAUUUGCUAUGGUUGCCGAAGGACUAGAGGUCGUUUCGAGAAUCGUUGCUCGAUAUGCCCUUUUCGAGUCCGUGUUUCUUCCACGAAACGGGGAGACCCCAUCAACUGUACAGUCCAAGCUAUCUGCGGCCCUCUUGCAACUAUAUGCGGCAUGCAUGAAGUACCUCGUCAGAAUCGCGGAAUAUUACGAACGUUCCACUGGAGAACGUCUGGCGCGCAGCCUGAUUUCAUCAUCGGACAGCGGGAACGACGAGUUAGAGGCAAUCCGGCAACGUGAAGUGGAAGUUGAUCAAGUUGCAAAAAUUGCGCAAACAGAGAUUUCUCGUCAGUCAAAUGAUGCCAUACAUACCCUCAAAGCGCAGAAUGUGGCCUUCUUCCAGUCUUUGGAAAAUCUUGUCCACUCCCUGGAGGGACCCAUUGUACGCCUAAGUGGUCCGCUUGUCAAGUUCGAGGAUGCGAUAUCCGCUGAGGAACGGCGCAAGGCAUUGCUUUGGCUCUCCAGAGUCAACAGCCGAGAGCUCCAUGAAUUUAUCAUUUCUGAUGUGAUUCCAGGGACAGCUGAUUGGAUCUUUGACAGGCCAGAGUACAAGGACUGGCAUGGCUCCAGUUCAUCGUCCAUGCUUUGGCUUCAUGGGAUUCCAGGAUGCGGAAAAACCAAAGUGACAUCAAAAGUAGUUCAGCAAUUUUUGGAAGCGACUAGCAAGGACCUGAAUUCUGCUCCAAUUUCAUACGUCUAUUGCUCCAAGACCGGUAACAAGUCGCUUACGCUUACUCCGGUUGUGAUUCUGAGGACAAUAGUCAAACAGCUCUCUUUGCCGAAGUCUGAGGAUCGAAUUCGACUGCCAACCUGGGCAGAGUACACAAAGAAAAAAGAAGCCGCCGAGACGGACGGUCUGGAUCCCUCGCUACUCACGGAAGAAGAGUGCAUCCGGCUACUUCUUUCCUUAACCCAAGACUGUCCCGCUACGAUUGUUCUCGAUGGUCUCGAUGAAGUCGAUGGGAAUCCGCGUGAUGUGCUGAGAGUACUCCGUGCUGUGCUCGAAGAUGCACCAAAUCUGGUGAAAGUACUCGUAUCAAGCCGUGAUGACGGUGCCAUCUCGGAAGAGCUUCGGGAUAUUCCAUGCAUAGGUGUAUCCUCUGCAGACAACUCUGCCGACAUCAAAACAUCGUUUGAUGGAAACCCUCAUUAA